AUGGCUUUCGACCCGACGGCACUUGGCCCCUCAGCGGAGCCAGCCAUUCACGAUCUCUCGGGCGAGAUAUGGCAUCCCUUGUUCCGGCACGAGUGCGCCUUUGGGCCCGAUGUUUUUGAGGAUGUUAUGAUGAACCUGGUCAAGAACCCAAACAUCAACUCGAGCUGGCUCUUCCGCGCAGACAUCCUCAAUGACACCGACCCGGGAUGGGUGCCCGAACCUCUCCCCACCUCCUCUGAUCUCCCCGAUCAACAGCAGGGUGUUGACGCUGCCGCACAAGCUGUGCAGCAGCCUGUCCCCAUUGCCUUCAAGGAUUUCCGCAACGACCGCGUUCUUGUGCGGAGGCUGAUCCCGCGAAACACCCGCCGGGACGAUCCCCUGGGGCAGACAUGCGUCUUUGCCUCCAGCACCCCAGAUGCGGCGGGUGCGGACGCCAACGCCGGCGCCCCGGGGACCAGGUCCCUGGUCGUCUACCUUCCCCACGCUUCCUCCCCAGACGCCCUUCCGUUCUACCACCCCAAGGUCCGGGGCGUUGCGCAUCUCCACGAGUGGGACGCUGCGCGAGCCGUCGGCACCGUCUCCAUCCACUACUUGUUCUUUGACGAGGCAGACUUUGCCGUCGAGAAGCUCGUGCGGACGGCACGCAUGCUGCUGUCAGUCUUGUACAAGCAUGGCCAGGGACGAGUUGCCGGCUACAAGAAGCGAGUGCAUCACGACGUCGUUAUCCCCCAGGCGCGAUUCCAAGAUCGCUACACAGAGCUCAAGCUCAAGUAUGCGAGGGAUCUUGUAGAGAACUGGGCAGAGACGACUGAUCCUUCCAAGCACGUAUUUGAGGACUUGGGAAUCGCUGCGUUUCUGAUCGAGCUGUGGGCCGAGAUGUACAAGGACAAGCCAUUCCCUGGAUUCGUGGAUAUCGGCUGUGGCAACGGCCUCCUUGUCUACAUCCUCAUUCAAGAGGGUUAUUCCGGCUGGGGCUUUGAUGCAAGAGCAAGAAAGUCCUGGGCCAAGUACAACACCGUGCAGUCAGGGAAGGAUUCCCUCCAGAGACUUGUGCUCCUUCCCGACGCCGUGUCGAGGCCUUCUGCCAUCGAUGGCGAGGAGUCUGUCAUUGAUCUCUCACAAACUCACAACGGCGCGUUUCCCAAGGGCACCUUCAUCGUCUCGAACCACGCGGACGAGCUGACUCCAUGGACCCCUAUUUUGGCAACUCUCUCUGAGAGCCCCUUCAUCAUGAUUCCCUGCUGCAGUCACACCUUGGGAGGCCAGAAACACCGUGCCCCACUACCGCGAGACAAGACCAAGUCGCAGUCAACUUAUUCCUGUCUCGUGGACUGGGCGGCAUGCAUCGCUGAAGACUGUGGCUGGGUCGUUGAGACUGAGAUGCUCCGCAUUCCGAGCACGAGGAACACGGCCAUGCUGGGACGGAAGCGGACACGGGGUGUCGAAGAGGUUGAUAUCGACGGAGUGUUGGCCAAGUAUGGCGGGACAGGAGGCUACUUUGAGAGCGCGGCGAAGUUGACGAAAACCGAAAAGGGGCAUUAG